AUGAAGAUAUGUGGCGCGAAGGUCGAAUUUUGUAAAGCUGGCUGGUUUAUUAGCUGGCGUACGCCUUUUGAUUUGGUUGGCUUUUGGUUGAUUUUUUUUUUUUUGGUUUGACCUUCUUUUUGGCUUGGGCGUUUUUCAGGAGAGACAUGGCAGACACAGAGAGAGAGAGAUGCAAUCCACAAAGAUCAUUUAACAAAAUCUUGAGAGAGUAUACUGUGCUGGUGAGGUGUGAUGCUGUUUAUCGUAUCGCUCCCUGUGCCUUUUUUUUUUUUGUUUGCUUUGGUGUUGUUGUAUUUUCAGAUAUCACGAAUAUGUCUAUGAUUUAGCCUGGUGGAUGAUUUAGAUAGAACACACAUAACUCCUUGAAUGGAAUGAACAUGAUCUAGACCUCUUGAAACGAUGUCAACUAGUAGUAGUUGGUUGUAUUUUGCUCUCACAAUGUUCCAUCGAUAUCGAGCCAUGUCCGACAUGGAGUGUGGGGUGAAAGAACGAAUAGAGGACGCUCUU